UUGUUUAUUUUUGUUUUAUUUUUUUAUCCAAAAUGGAGGUUAUUGAAGAUGGAAAUAUUAUGGAUCGUAUUCCUAUUCUUUUGCAAAGGGAUUUGGAAUAUUAUCAGAAAAACCAAACAGUAUUAUCCGAGACUGUUUGCAAAGGUGUUGUGGGUGGCCGGCUAGAUUUUCCAAGAAAUGCUUCUUUUGCUUCUGUCAAAAUAGUUGUAUGGCUAGAAGAGGAAUUCUCUAUUGCUUUCAAACAAGGAUCAGGCAUGUUUGUGAUUACAAAAGAGGAUGAGAAAACAGAUAUUGGUGUGGCUAAGACUUCUGACCCUGACAAGUUUGUGCAGCUGGCUAUCAAGUCUGGUGAUUCUCUGUUAGAACACCUACACAUGUUAGCUCAAGAAGCGUUAGAUCACGCUGAUCUCCCGGUACUAACUGCCACACUGGGCGCCGCAGCACUGUUGAAGAACAGCAUGUAUUGCUACGUACAGCACGUUGAGGAUAGUGGCAAUGCUGAGAGAUAUUCUUUGCUCCAGGCCUGCUACAAACGCUACACAGCAAUGGCAGAAGCUGUAGGCGAAAGGGUCCUAGACUUACACAACCGUGUGUUAUCCUUGUAUAUCUUGCAAGAUUCCGGCGGUCGGCCGAUAGAUGGCGCCACUAAGACGGUACAUGAGACUGGGACGCCAUCUGUGCAGGGCUGGUGGCUUUAUAUGAAUGGUAGCAGACGCGAUCUCUGGGAUACUGUGCCACCGCGGAUGGCACAAAGAAUAUUCGCUGGAAUGCUAAAUGAAACACUCACUAUACUUACUGUUAGAUAUUGUCAAACGAACACAACAGAAAUUACAACACGUCUUCUUCUAAACGACAUACUAAACAUUCUCCUCUGCGUGGCCCAGUUGCUACCGUCCAUCUGUGCAAACGGUUCGGACUUGGCCGGUUUAGACGUUAAGCAUCAGACGAGAGACGUGAGGGAUGUUCAUGCUAAAUGCAAUGAACUGUUCAAGUGCUUUGUGUAUAGAGGGGCUGACUUGCAUUUUAUACAUCAGACACGGUGGUUGCCUUCUAUCUGUGCAAACGGUUCGGACUUGGCCGGUUUAGACGUUAAGCAUCAGACGAGAGACGUGAGGGAUGUUCAUGCGAAAUGCAAUGAGCUGUUCAAGUGCUUUGUGUAUAGAGGGGCUGACUUGCAUUUUAUACAUCAGGAAUUCAAAGAGCGCGAUCCGCCUACAAUACCUCGAGAAUGUCCAUACCCCUGGUUCACAUUCGUGAGUCCGAAGCUAUUCGACAAGUUAGAUGACCCGUCUGUAAGGAGUACGCAUGAUUUGAACAAUAAGACCGCUUUGGGACUUGAGUUGAUUGUUUUGUUGGCACAACCGCAACCUAAUUGGGCUUUGAUUAUCAAGGUACUAAUGAUGCGUGACUGCCACCUAGCCCGGCUCCUGCUGAUCCGCGCUGUCCGGCACAUGUGCGCGGACAACCUGCCGUGGGCCGCGAGCGGACGCUGGUACAUCAGCGGCGCCAGCGUCAAGUGUAGCGGGUUUUUGUGCACCGCUGAUGGGUUCUGUCGAUUUGGGGGGGAUGUUAACCCUGGUGUAGAACUGGCUCGUGCAGCCGGUGCCCUAACCUAUAUUCUAGCUACGAUUGGCAGUAAGACAGAAUUGAAGACCACUUUAUGCUACGCGCUUGAGAUAUCUGGCAGAGAUUGGGCAGCUUGCUUGGAUAAACGACAGGUGUGGUGUGAUAGAAGACCUUCAUGGUUAGCUGGUAUUCUGGCAAUAGUUGGUUCAGUGCUACAGUUUAUUCCGCCUAUAUUAGUCAAUGCGGUACAGGGCGGUGCUUCUAUGUAUCAGACAAUGGUCCUCUGUCUGUCCUGCAUAUCACGGUCCCUAGACUGUGUUCCCCGCAGUUUCGUCAACGCUUGUUCUAUCAUAGAGGGUACCUUACCCUCACAUAUAAACCCAGUAGGAGGGUCGGUCCUACUACAAAUGUUGGUAACUGUCACUUAUGAAGAAAUACAGAAAUGGGCUAAACAAGAAGCUGAGAAAGAAAAAGAAGUAGCAUCGACAGCAAAUGGAGAGGCGCAUACUAUGAGUGUUCGAUCAAAUAAGCCGAGGUCUAAGCAUGUCAGGAUCAUGGCUCUUGGGCAAACCACAACAUCAACGUCCCAAAGUUUCGACGGUACCCACAGUAGCGCGUCGUCCAUAGCCCUCGCCGUCGCCGAAGCGCUCUGCUCUAUAGACGAAGACGACAAGCAUACACGAGACAUACAACUGUUAAUAGAACGAGCUAAAAGAAAAGUAGUGUUAUCUGAACAAUUUGGGUUAGAAGACUUUCCGGAAUUCGCUGAGCUGUUUGAAGAGGUAUUUAUAGAUAAGUGGGCCAUCAUCACUACAAAGUGGAUCCCUGAUGAUGGUAGGCGACCAAGAGGAAGACCAAGAAAACGCUGGAGAGAGGACCUAAACAACUUCCACAAGGACUGGCCACAAAUGGCGACCGAUAGGGAAAGAUGUAAGGCUAUGGGGGAGGCCUUUGCUCCAAAAGUGUCUCGUCUAUUAGCACUCGCCAUCGCCGAAGCGCUCUGCUCUAUAGACGAAGAUGACAAACAUACACGAGACAUACAACUGUUAAUAGAACGAGCUAAAAAAAAAGUGGUAUUAUCUGAACAAUUUGGGUUAGAAGACUUUCCGGAAUUCGCUGAGCUGUUUGAAGAGGGUGAUGUGCCAGGGUCUAACGCAGAGCGAGCGAGUGACGCCGCCGCACUCACUAGUCAAAUAUUGAUGACAUCGCCUGGAAGGGACAGUCUUCGAGUUAUCUACGAGCACCUAGCAUUGCAUUCCGAGUGGAUAUACAAGGAGCUUGGCAUACAGGAGUCGUGUGAUAUCAACAUACCGCUGAACAAGACGCCACUGCUGUACACUAUGUUUCAUAUUGGGAAACAGCCUUUUGAUCAGUACCUCCGAGGAGAAUGGCCGAUACCCUGGAGCAAGUUAGUCGCCGUAGCCAAAGCCUGGUCAGGUUUAGAAGGUGUCCGCGUUCACAUCAACAGACGGACAGACGUACGCAAUAUGAAGGCUCAGGGCAAGGGAAAUAAACAGCUGAUGCAGCUAUGUGCUAUGUUUAAGUCGAAUAGUGAAGGGGUUCUGUAGUUCGGGGACAUUCGGCAAUGUUCGGGGGUGUUCGAGAAUCUUAGCUGUUUUUUGGCAGUUUAUGAAGAUGAAUGAAGAUACAUUGUUUCUUUUGGUACUGUUGGGUUGUAUUGUAAGUUAAGUACCAAUGUAGUUGAUGCAGCUAUGAUGAUCACAAUAUGAAGUGAGCCUUCAUAAGCCAAAGCCUGGUUAAGUUUAGAAGGGCAAGGGAAAUAAGCAACUGAUGCAACUAUGUGCUAUGUUUCAAUCAAAAAGCGAAGGGGUUUUGGAGUUCGGGAAAGUUCGGAAAUAUUCGGAAGUCUUCGGGUGAGUUUCAGGAGGUAAUGAAGAUGAAUAAAAAGAUGCUAUGUUGCUUAUGUAGCUGUUGGAUUGUAAUUAGUUGAUGCAGCUGUGAAUAUUGACGCAAUAUAAAGGCUUGGAGCAAGGGCAAUAAACUGUUGAUGCAGUUAUGUGCUAUGUUCAAAUCUAAUAGUGAAGGGGUUGAUGCAGCUCUAAAAUACGUGUAAUAACAGUACAGUCUAAUGAUACUUUAUGUGAUAUGUUGAAUUUGAAUAAUCGGUGAACUUCGUUUGUUGUUGAAUAUAAAGAAAUAUUGAUUAUGUGUAAAAAGGAACGUUUUGUUAAAUCUAAAAAUACUAAUAAACAGUAAAAAGUAGGGAAAAUUACUAAUUAAAUAUGAAAACAAAACAUAAAAAUAGUUACUUAUCAACAAUUUCAGGUGCUUAUGACAAUGUUACGCUCUUAAUUUAAAUGUAUAUUACGUAUAUGUUAAAUUAUAAAAUAUAUUUAGUAAAAUAGCAUCUAUGAAAAAAAAAAA